GGACGUGGAGCGGGUCGCCGCCUCAGGUGCGCCCCCGCUCAGGGUCUGGAGGGACGGACCUGCGGUGCGCGCCCGCACCCCGUGACCCCGGUGAGGCUGUGCCCGGGUCCUGCUCCGGCCCGGGAGAGGUUGGCCCAGCGAGCUCCGGCCAGGUGAAGGGCUGUCUGGGUUUGAGUAGUUGCCGCACGGUGUCCUGGGCUGCGAGGGGGGCCCUGAGUAGUGCCUUGGUCAUUUGUGGCCAGUAUUGAAAGUUGGAGGCGCUGGAGUUGGUUCUUUUGGGGCUAGUGGCAUAAUGGUUAUGAAAGCUUCUGUAGAUGAUGAUGAUUCAGGAUGGGAGCUCAGUAUGCCAGAAAAAAUGGAAAAAAGCAAUACAAGCUGGGUGGACAUAACCCAAGAUUUUGAAGACGCUUGUCGAGAAUUAAAGUUGGGAGAACUGCUUCAUGAUAAGCUAUUUGGUCUUUUUGAAGCCAUGUCUGCUAUUGAAAUGAUGGAUCCUAAGAUGGAUGCAGGCAUGAUUGGAAACCAAGUUAAUCGAAAAGUUCUCAAUUUUGAACAAGCUAUCAAGGAUGGCACCAUUAAAAUUAAAGACCUCACCUUGCCUGAAUUGAUAGGGAUAAUGGAUACAUGUUUUUGCUGUUUGAUAACAUGGUUAGAAGGCCAUUCCUUGGCACAGACAGUAUUUACGUGCCUUUACAUUCAUAAUCCAGACUUUAUAGAAGAUCCUGCUAUGAAAGCUUUUGCUCUGGGAAUCUUGAAAAUCUGUGACAUUGCAAGGGAAAAAGUAAAUAAAGCUGCUGUUUUUGAAGAGGUAAGAUUUUGUAAUAUAAGAAUUCCUGAAGCUCAUUGA